AUAAGCCCUACAGUCAAUGACAGAGUACGGAAAGACAUCUCUUCUCUUUCUCUCUUUUGGUCAUUCUUCUUUUUUUUAUAUUUGACAUUUGCAUCUUACAUCUCAGGUGUAGUGUGGGCUGCUCACCUGUCGUCAGGUGAGGGAGGUGUCUGUCUUCCAUAGCUGCUUCCGGAACCCUUACCACUGAGCGCAGCAGUAGCUGGUCAUCCCCUGCCAGCUAUCCUCUCUGCCGCUGGUUUAAUGUUUAACUCAGGACAAAUGCGGGACAGGGUAGGAGAAGAGAGCACGCACACAGAUAUCUUAUGAGAUGAGACGGAGCCUAGCGGAUCAGCACUGAGAGAGCAUGGCGACCAGCAAUCGAGCAUGGAAAAGGGAAGGAGCCAGGCUAACAUCAAGGGACAAGGGUGAUACAAAAGUUGCUGAGUCAUCCAGUGGCCGUCAGACGCCCACGCGGCGACCUCUGCCUCCUCUGGCACGCCUCUACAUCUACGCUCUCCACGGCCUGUUCUGUGAGGUGGCCUUCACCGCCGUAUUCGACUGCUGCCUCACCUUCGACCCCCGUCUGCCCGGGCACACCAGCCUCUGGGCGCUGCUCAUCUAUGGCUCGGCCGUCUUCGUCCUGGAGGACCUGAGCUUGUGGCUGAACCGCAAGCGCUGCCCCCUGCUGGCCCGGAUGAUCCUCUACACUCUUGUGACCUACCUGUGGGAGUUCACCAGCGGGUUCUUGCUGAGAUUGGUAGGGGCGUGCCCGUGGGAUUACUCCCAGUUCCAGUACAACUUCUUAGGCCUGGUGACAUUGGAGUACGCCAUUCCCUGGGCUCUAGUGUCGCUGAUCGCCGAGAAACUUCUAGUCCCCUACACGUUGAGGCUACGCCUUGAGAGCUGAACACGUCGGAUGCUCCCGUAGAACUGACUUGGUGCUAGUGAUCUCAGAAUCAUGGGGGUCAAUGCUCAGGAAGGACAACUACUAGUUCUUGCUUUUUUUGUUUAAUAAGUGGCUGAAUGAAGUGAAUGUUUAUAUCACUGUGAAUGGGAAAGACCUCAACUUUUCUCCUGUAAUGGGAGCCUUUCAAGUGCCUCGGAACUGAACUAAACAAGGAUAGGUGGCCCCAAACUGUCAAAAGAUAUUUACAGACCUAAAAUAAUUUUGAAAUUUUGCCAUUACAAUUCAUCUUGAUUAUUUCUUUACUUCUUCAUUUGUUAUUCAUCAGCUUACAAUUUUCAUGGACAGGAAUACCUAAAGAAUUUUUUGACAAAAAAAAAUUGAAAUGGGCUUAAAGUACAUAUAUAAUGCACUAGAAUAUUGGGAAAUGCUGUAUUUUACAUACGUAUUUCAUUUCUAGAAGCACUUUCUGACCAUUAAAACUACACGUUGCACCUUGAAAGCCUCCUGGCUUUUUCAAGCCCCGGAGUUUCAAGGGAAUCUUUUUGUUGGUUCGUUGUUAUCUCUUCUAGCCUGGCAACUGAGGUCAUAUGUGCAGGCAUGCUUUGUAUCCAACUUCUUUAGUGAAACAUUUCUAUAUAAAAAUACCUCAGGUUCAUAACUGGAUGCACUUCAUAUGUGGAACUACAAACUGCAUUAAAUCUCUACUACUCUGAGUACAGUAGCAGCACACUUUUCAGAACACAUUUUAUGAAUGGACUGCAACACUGACCUCGUUGUGUAGGAUCACUGGCAUUCUGAUAAGAGGACACCUUCACUCAAACAUGUGCACUUGGACUUUUUUUUCGUGCAUAAGGCCACUCUCAUAGUACAUUUGAAGCCACAUUAGUUAACACAGUCACUUGCAAUAUGCAGUGCUUCGGUAGUUUUUGUAUACGUCAUGUAUUUUUGCUCUCUCUCUCUCUCUGUCUCUGUUUGCCUUUGGCCAUUGCUUGCGUGUGAGUGAUUUACAGAAACCAAAAGACAAGCUUUACUUGCUUUGUGAGCUCCCUAUCUCACUGCAUUACUACUGCAAUAAUUUAUCUUGCUCCUGAUAAUAAGACAUUGAGAUAAACACUCCUGCAGCCUCCCUCUUCGAGUAAACUCACUCAAAUACUAAUGAAUGACAGUGGCACACAGGAGGGAAUGACUGACUGAGUGAAUGAGCUCUUGUUUUUUGUUUUUUGUUUUUGUUUUUUACACAUUUUUUUUAAAAUAAAGUUCAAUUCAUCCGUGAA